AUGAGCGCCCCAGCGCUGUCCCGGCCCCCGGUCUCUUCCCCUGUCCCUCGGCCCCGCGGCAGCACCGGCUCCCUCGUCAUUGCAGAUUGUCCCGGGAACGAUGAUGAACGCGAAAGGCGCCAGCGCCGGCGAUCGAGAGCCACCGACCUCCAGUUCAGCAGCACCGAUUCGCCGCUGAGCCUCGGCUCGCCCGCCCUCAGGCAGGCGGAAACAUGGCAGCCGGCCCUGCCCCAAUGGACCAACGCUCAGAUCUCGGAUCACUACAGCACCUGCAUCAAGCUCUGCUCCCAGAACAAAAUCACCACGAAGAAUGCCUUUGGCUUGCACCUGAUAGAUUAUAUCCCUGAGAUCCUGAAACAGAAGGACUCUGAACUGACCAACUUCAAGCUGGCAGCUGGCACGCUCGAUGCCAGUGCCAAGAUUUAUGCCAUGCGUGUGGACGCCGUCCAUGCAGAUGCCUACAAAGUCCUUGGAGGCUUGGGCAAGGAUUCAGCACCCACCAAAAGCAUGGACAGCCCAGGAGGAGAAGGCAGUCCAUCUCGUGAGGCUGUCAAGAAAGUUCAGACAAAGAAAAAGUACUCAUUCAAAACCAUUGAGCAAAACUUGAGCAACAUCAACGUGUCAGAAGCUACCCGCAGGCACGAGAUUGAUCCCAUGCUCCAGAAAGCAGCAGCACUCUUUGAUGACUGCAGCACAGCUGGCAUUUUCCUCAGGAGGCUGCAGACCCAGAACUACCACAGUGAGAUCCUCUUUGACUCCAUGGUUGUGCCUCUGCCUUCUUCAGAGAAGCUCACACCCCCCAGCUCUGAUCCUGUGAAAGUGAUGGGUUUAAAGGCCCUGCUAGCCCAGUGCACUGAGAAACGCCCCAUCUGCCCUUCCCUGGCUGGCUUUACAAAGUGGGAUGCAGCAUCCCAGGAUGAGUCAGUGUCAGCCCUCUUGGAAAAAUUUAAGAAGAGUGACCAAGUAUUCAAUAUCAACACAGAGAGCAACAGUGAUGGGGAAGACUGUGCUCCCAGCCUGCCAGAUGAUGAUUUCCAUUCUGACUCCCCCACCAAUGCAGUAACAGACAAUAUAAAGGAAUUCACAGAAAACCUCAACUCCUCUGGAACAGGUUGCCAGAGCAUGAGGAGUGAUGCUGUUCCUUUUGGAGAGGGAGACAUCGAGAGCAUGUGCCAUCAUCUCUCCAUGAAACCAGGGGAAUAUUCCUACUUCAGUCCCAGGAUUCUCUCCAUGUGGGCUGGCCCUGAGCACUGGCGUUUCAAACCCCAGCACAAAUCAGAUGCCAACUCUGAAAAAGAAACCAAGAAAAGGAGUGCAAAGAAACCAUUUGAAAUUAACUUUGAUGAGAGCAUUAACUUUGCAACACAUUUCUGUAAGACCAAGGCACCUGUAACUCUGGUUAAAUCCAUUCUGGAAAACCAAAACACAAAGAGCACCACACUUCCCAGUGACUUCAACUACGACCCUAAGAGCCUUCUCCAGCUGUUCCUCAAACCAGCUGUUAAGUGCUUCAGGAUGGCUGAGCCAGGCAGCUCCUUGAAUCCUGAAGAUGAGAUUGGUGAAUAUGAUUACAACAACCCCAAUGAUACCUCCAAUUUCUGUCCUGCCUUGAAGGCUGCAGACAGUGAUGAUGACAACGACCCUGUCCAAUUCAUGAGCCAGACAGGGGAGUUCAACCUCACUGCCCACCCUGAGGGUCGGGAGCCUGAGCUCAACAGGGGGGACACUGCACCCUAUGGAGAGCUGAACCUCAUUGCUGAGCCCCACAAGGUCAAUAAGAUUGCCAUUCAGUAUGCCAAGACAGCCAAAAAAAUGGACAUGAAGAGGCUGAAAAAAAACAUGUGGGAGGUCUUGACUGGUGAACAGAACCAAAGAGUGGCAGAAGUGGUGGAGGACACAGAGCAAGAGAAGGACAGAUCAGUGGUAGCAGGUGUGAAGACCUUAAGUAGCAUCACAAAGGAACUGCAUCACAGGCUGCCUUCUUUGAUGGCCAGCAAUCUCUCUGUCCCUUUAGCCUUUGCCUGCCUCUUGGAUUUGGCAAACGAGAAGAAUCUGAAGCUGGAGAGCCUGGAGGACCUGUCUGAUGUUGUGGUGAAACAGGAGGACCCAGCCCCAGGUGGAGCAGACCACCAGGACUGACCCCCAGGACACAGCUCAGCUUCCCAGCUGCCUGCUGCUGGCUCUGGACUCUCCCCAGUGCCUGGGUUUUCUCCUCCCAGCACCAUCACUGGGAAAUCCCACUGGGUUCUGCACCUCAGGAAGCCUUUGACAUCAAGACUGUCCUCCAGAAGACCUGUACCUAUUUGUAGAGGUUGCAGUUCCUGCCAUCUUCAAUCCAUCAGCUCUUUCCUGGCUCAGGGUGCUGGAGUUCCUCCCACCCCCUUGGGACCCCCCAGCUAAGGACUUCUCUGCCUCUCCCUCCCUGGAACUCCCAGUACAGGGACUGACUCUUCCUCAUGGCUCCAGUUCCUCCUCUAGUCCUGUUCAUCCCACAGAAUUACUUACAUUUUAUACUGAG